CAUUACACGCUGAUAUAGCGGGAAACGCUCAGGAAAGUGAAGUUUCUCUGUCUCAAGUGUGUUAUAAGGUAUCGAUAUUAAACAGUUGUUUGAUUAUUGUACUAUACUAGCUUAUCAGCAGAAAUUAGGGAAUAAAAACUAACAAAGUAUAAAAACUUACUAUGGCAAUUUUACCAUUUGCUGCUGUUUUUGCUCUCGUCGUCGCCGUUGAGAUUCAAGGUCAGGGCUCUAGUCCCGAGACUGUACCAUACGGAAAUGACGACACAGCACAGAAAGGGGAACAAGGUUUUCCCGGAAAGCGGGGACCGUCGGGUGAACAGGGGUUGCAAGGUCCUGUGGGACCAAAAGGUGAUGUAGGCCAAUGUGAUCCGACCUGUAGAACGGAAUACAAUGAACUGAUUGAGAGGGUGCAAAAGUUGGAACGAAUUGUUAGUAAAACCCCGGCCGCAAAUUGCAAAGAAGGGCUGAGUUGGGGACGAAACAUAAGUGGAAUUCAUUCCAUAGUCAACCCGAGGAACGGUCAAAUUAUGGAGGUUUACUGCGAUCAAACAACAGAUAACGGUGGUUGGUUGGUUUUCCAACGAAGAACUGACGGGUCUGAAAACUUCUAUCGAACUUGGGCAGAGUAUCAAGAGAAGUUCGGAAAUCUAAGCAACGAAUUUUGGCUUGGAUUAGAAAACCUGCACGCUCUAACGUCGAGUGGAAGCUACGAACUGAGGGUGGAAUUAGAAGAUUGUGAGAAUGAUAGAAGAUACGCCAAAUACAGUUCAUUCGCAAUUGGGUCGGGCGAGCAACAAUAUAGGUUGACGGUGUCUGGAUAUUCGGGAACCGCAGGGGAUUCGUUAAGUACAGCACACAACGGUCUCAGGUUCACAACAUUUGAUCUGGAUCAUGAUUUACGGAGUAAUGGUAACUGUGCCGUGCGUGCCCAUGGUGCUUGGUGGUACCGUAGCUGUUAUGCUGCCAACUUAAACGGGGAAUAUCUGAACUGUCAAACCGACAGCUACAACGCCUCAAGUUGGUUUCACUUCCGCGGGCAUCAAUAUUCCCUCAAAUUUAUAGAGAUGAAGUUCAGACCCAUUUGAGCUUCACAUUUACCACGCGAUAACUUUAACCAAUGUCGUUUUGUUGUUAUAACUCGUAUUUUAGUUAUUGUUGAUAUAGUAGGGUAGGGGAAGACGGGACACCUUUAGCA